CGUCCGUGACCACCACCGCCGCCGCCGUCGCCGCUAAACUCACUCCACCACUGGACUCCCACCACCACCACCACCAUCAAAUCAUCCUGCUACCCUGCAGCCGCCGCCGUAACAUCUCUGUUCCUCUCCAACGACUGUCUCUCUAGUCCUCCGCCUCGCUGCUACCGCUGCCGCAUACGCUUCGGGAAUAAGACUCGGUCACGAGUUCUCUUUAAAUUCUUCCUCCCUCUGCCAUUACAUUUACCGAGCUUCUUUCCCUUCCCUCUUCUCUUUCUCUCUCUCAUCCACCCUUGUUGUGCUGUUCAUCCACAUAAUACAUCAUGUCUGAGAGAGUUAUCGUCGUCGGCGCUGGUCUUUCCGGCCUCAGCGCUGCCCACACCAUCUACCUCGCUGGUGGCAAUGUCACCCUCCUCGACAAGAACAACUUCAUGGGUGGCAACUCCACCAAGGCCACUUCCGGUAUCAACGGUGCCUUGACCCGCACCCAGGUCGACCACGCCAUUGGCGACAGUGUCAAGCAGUUCUACGAGGACACCCUCAAGUCUGCCCGUGACAAGGCCCGACCAGACCUGAUCAAGGUCCUCACAUACAAGUCCGCCGCUGCCGUCGAGUGGCUGCAGGAUGUGUUCAACCUCGACCUGACCCUCGUCUCGCGGUUAGGCGGUCACUCUUUCCCCCGUACUCACCGUGGUCACGAUGCCAAGUUCCCUGGUAUGGCCAUCACCUACGCGCUCAUGCAGCGAUGGGAAGAGCUUGCCGAGAAGGAGCCGGAGCGAGUCCAGCUCGUCAAGAAGGCCAAGGUUACCAAGGUUAACAUGGACGGCAACACCGCUACUGGUGUCACCUACGACUUCGGUGGCGAGUCCCACACUAUCAACGGCCCCGUCGUUCUCGCCACCGGUGGUUACGCUGCCGACUUCACCGAGACCUCCCUCUUGAAGAAGCACCGACCUGACACCUUCGACCUAUCCACCACCAACGGCAGCCACGCCACUGGUGACGGCCACAAGAUGCUCAUGGAGAUUGGUGCCAACGGCAUCGACAUGGACAAGGUUCAGGUUCACCCCACGGGUCUCGUGGACCCCAAGGACCCCACUGCUAAGACCAAGUUCUUGGCCGCUGAGGCUCUCCGUGGUGAGGGUGGUCUUUUGAUCAACUCCAAGGGUGAGCGUUUCGUCGACGAGCUCCAGCACCGUGACUUCGUUUCCGGCAAGAUCUGGGAGCAGCGCGAGAAGGGCAACUGGCCCGUCCACCUCAUCCUCAACAGCAAGGCCUCCAACACCCUCGACUUCCACACUCGCCACUACUCCGGUCGUGGUCUGAUGAAGAAGAUGAGCGGUGCCGAGUUCGCCAAGCUCAUCGGUGCCGACGCGAAGACCCUCGACAAGACCUUCAAGGAGUACAACACAUACGCCAAGGGCGAGGCCAAGGACCCUUGGCAAAAGAAGUACUUCCACAACUUCCCUGUGGAGAUCAGUGACGACUUCCACGUCUCCCAGAUGGAGCCCGUCCUGCACUUCACCAUGGGAGGUAUUGAGAUCAACGACCAGGCUCAGUGCUUGAACUCCGAGCAGAAGCCGUUCGACGGUCUCUUCGUCUGCGGUGAGUUGGCCGGUGGUGUCCACGGUUCCAACCGUCUCGGUGGUUCGUCCCUGCUCGGCUGUGUCGUCUACGGCCGUGUCGCCGGUGACAGCGCCAGCAAGUACCUCUUCCAGAAGGUCCUUAACGGCGGCAGCAGCACCGCUGCCCAGCGUGCCGGCCAAAUCUCCCUCCACAUCGACCCCAGCACCCCUGGUCGCAUCAACGUCGAGUGGAGCAACGGCUCUGGCGUCUCAUCGUCUGCCGCUCCCUCAUCGCAGGCCCAGACGUCUGCCGGCCCGGUUAUCCCCGCUGGCGGCAAGUCUGGCGACCCAGGCAAGGUCUCUCAACCCAACGACGUCAAGAAGUUUUCCGUCCCCGAGAAGGAGUACUCUCUCGAGGAGGUUGCCAGCCACAACAAGAAGGACGACCUCUGGGUCGCCGUCAAGGGUGUCGUCAUGGACCUCACCGAGUGGGUUGACGAGCACCCCGGUGGACCUCAGGCCCUCUACUCGCACAUGGGCCGUGACGCCACCGAGGAGUUCGAGAUGCUCCACGACGACGAGGUCAUUCCCAAGUACGCCGCUGGCAUCGUCAUCGGCCGUGUCAAGGGCCAGAAGGUCACUCUCGAGUACUAGACGUCUCUCACCUCGCCAAAUGCGUGCGUGUGAGUGUCCAGUGCGAUGAGAACUUGCAAUUAUGAUCGGCGAAUGCAGCACAGCGUCGACGUCCUUCGAGACCCGAUGCUUGUGCGUAUCACGAAAUCAUGACAAACCACCUUCAUCACGAGCGUGUCUGUGCGCCAGUCGGAAAAGGCUGUGAGUGCAUCGGUGGCUCGGUGAGGGUAAAGGAUGAAGAGACGUUCGCAUCGAAAGGAAGAAACCAAUGAGUUCUUCACUUUGCUUGUCUUAGAUCCUUUUUGGUGUGUCGGCGCGCGAUAUCCCGAUGGCGCUAUAUGACGAAAAUUUUAUGUGCCUCCGCUGUUUGUGUAUGUAAAAA